AUGGAGGUGUUUCGCAAAAUGCCAAAACAGAUGAUAGUGGAAUUCCUAUCAAGGCUCCCUCCCAAAUCUCUGAUGAGAUUCAAGUGCAUCCGUAAGUCAUGGUAUGCUCUGAUCAAUGAUCCCAAGUUCAUAGACAAGCACCUCCACUCGUACAACAAAGACUCCUACACUUGCUUCCUUCUCAAGCGCACCGUAGUUCCAAGAAGCCAAACUAUCAAAGAGGAAAUCUUAUUUUCAUUCCUUUAUGUUCUUAAUGAUCAUGAUGCUGAAGACAGUCACCCUCAAUGUGUUGUUGAAGACAUCUAUAUUCCGUCUUCUAUGGGCCUAAAGACCAAAGGCAACAUUAUCGAGCUCCCUGGGUCAGAUGCUAUUAGAACUAUAUACAUUACAGAUCAUUGUGAUGGGAUCAUUUGUCUAGUUCUUUAUACCGGACACCUUGUGUUGUACAACCCGUCGAUACGAGAACUCAACAUUCUUCCCCCCUCAUGUCUUCACGAGUCAUUCUCUUGUAAUGUGGGAUUCGGAUAUGAUCCAAAAUGUAAGGAUUACAAGGUGGUUAACAUUGUAGAAUCAGGUGAAGAUUCAUAUGAUCAUAACCAACGUCUGGUUAUUCAUCCUCCAAGGGCAGAAGUAUACACUUUGGGUACUGCUUCUUGGAGGCAAAUCAAGGUUGAUUAUUUAGAAACAGAAACUACUAGCUUUUGGCCUGACAUGUAUCAAAUGUGCUUCAAGGGAGUUUUCUAUUGGUUGGGUCAUGAACAAGAUAAGGAAUACCUAUGUUAUUAUGACAGGCUUUCAUCUCCAAGCAUUAGGGAUGUAAUCCUUUUGUAUGACAUGGGUGAAGAGGUGUUUCAUAUUACACUACUUCCGGAUAGUUUCAAGGACCAAGGAGCAGGACAGGCUCUAUUUAUGAGACUAACAGAGUGGAAUGGAUCUAUUGCUCUGUUUGGCUUUUCCUAUUUAGGUCCGGAAAUCGAGUCCCUUAAGAUAUGGAUGAUGGACGACUUUGGCGGUUGGACAAGACACUUGAACUAUGACUCCAUAAUGGGAAUUUAUAUGUCGUUGGUGUUAUGGAGAAGUGACGAAGUUCUUAUGGUUGCCGAUGACGGACGUAUAGUCUCGUAUAGUCUAAGUAGAGAUAGGGUUAAGUAUUUUCCAAUUCAAGGUGCUUGGGGAGAAUAUCAAGGUUUCCUUUGUGUGAAUUCGAAUAGCAUUGUUCCAGUCGAGGGAGGCACAAAAGCUUGA